GUUACGAGAGCUCAGGCAGAGGCCUACGAGCUUUCGGACAGUUGCCCCAAGAUGGAGGGCUUCCCCCCCAGCCAGUAUGGGAACAGGAUACUGGGGAACCCACAACGGCCGCGCCCACGGUCGUUUGAAACGGAGGCAGUUCCUCACCGAGCGCCCACUUUCCGAAGCGAGCAUGCCCCUCGAGACCAGCGCGGAAUCACACCGCGCCGCGUAGGUACGUUCAUCCUCCCGCGGUACAUCCGUGCGCACCUAUUCCCGCUCACCCCGUUGCCCUCGGCUCGUCGUGUCGCUCCGUGGUUGGCGUGCCACUCAGUGGGCUCGGAGCGUCCCUCCGGUCUUCUCGUAAGAUCGGCAAAGGAGCGGUAUCCAUACGACGGAGGACGGCUUGGCUCCGACAGAUAGUCGGUGCACGGACCAUGGUACGUCGAAGACAGGGGAGCGAGACGGCCCUCCGCCUCCACCUCCGCCGCCUCGCUUAAAUCUCCCCUCCUCCCCGUCGUGUCGCUUGCAUUUGUACGUACGCCGACUCCGUCCCUCAGCUUGCGACAACCCUUCGUUCUGCCUGUAACAGUUCCGUCCCCGACCGCCCUCGGCUUCGCGCAGUCCUGGUGCCGUCCGGUACGUAUUUGGUGCUUCCAGAGUGCGGUCGCUGACCCCCCAUUGUCGUAGACCUGCCCGCAGUGCACACUCGCACUCGACAGCAUGGCACGAGGCCUUUGAAACGAGGUGAGUCCGUGCUGCUGAUCAUGUGGAAGGCGGACUCCCUUGACGUUUUGCCAGGCUUUCUUCAACCCUCAACUGGCUGCGCACACCAUUCGAGGCUAGGCCGUCUUGAUGGCCGACGGAAGUCGCAGAGCCCUGUUUGUUGCUUCCAGAGUGAUGUCGCGACUCGUGCCGUGCCGUGCUCUUCCUCGACAACGCGGACAACGGGGCGAGUGUCGCGCCAGGAGAAAACCACGCGGCAAGCUCUGCGCGAGUGGGCGCGCAGGAUGCACGACUUCGCGCACGCCCUCCCCGCGCUCACAGCUCAUGCGGCUUCUUUUCGCGCACAGACGUGCGCCGGGACAAGUCCGCCACCGAGCGUGCCCGCGCAUUUUCGAGGCGACACACGACGAUCUCGCGGGCCGCUCAUAGACAUACAGUACGCAUCCUCCAAGGUCACCCAUUUGGAUCCUCGUUGCCCAGGUCGCCUGCAUCUCGCCGCUUGCGGUGCUUCGCGCAGACAUAGAGACUUACCUCUAUUCGACGGCCGCACGCAGGAACAUGCCGCUGCAAGUUCACGUCGCCGCCGAUGACCGCGACGCGUAGCGGCGCACGUCAGUACGGUGCGUAUCACGGUACAGGACGGCGGCGCCACAGGCCACACGGCCGGCGAGCGGAAUAUGUCUCCUAAAACGGUCCUUCAAGAGCCCCGGCCGCUUACUCCUCACGCCCCGAGGCGUACCUCCGUGGCGCUCGCAGGAUCCUCUUUAGACUUCGGUACCGGCAGCCACGUGCACAACGACAACACACGCGGCCCGGAAACGAUGGCGCGGCGCGGACAUUAG